GCAUGGUGGUGCACUCUUCUAAUCCCAGCUCUAGGGAGGUGGAGGCAAGAGGAUCCCAAAUCUGGGCUACAUAGUGCAACCUCUUCUUAUGAAAACAGUUAUCUGCAUAGCCCAAGGCUGGGUGGGCUGAUGUGUCAUAGUGGGAGGAAGGACUCCCGGCGCCCCCACCACUCCCCGAGGAUUUAUACAAGUUCAGUGAUGGAGGAGAUUUUCUUCAGUGGUGAAGCCAUUGGACCGACAAAGCCCGCCCUGGUGCUGCUGUGCUGUGUAGGAGCCUGGCUGGCCAUCUGCAGCUCCUCCUUUGGUGCACCCAUAUCAAAGACAAAUAUACAACGUACACUUGAACUCUUGAAAGAGGAGUCGAAGGCUCUUUAUGAAGACUAUAACAAAACCGAGGCAUCUGGGAUAUCGCCAGAUGAGUCGCUACAGCUGCCGUGUUUCAGCCUGGGCCGAGAAGCACUAACCAACAUUUCAGGCCUCAAAGCAUACCUGGAGGAAGUCAAAUCGUUGAGCAAGAACACAGUAGAUACUACUAAGCUCACAAAACGGCUGGUCGACAUCAGCUGUUUGAACCCACUGAAUGUAAACAUUUCCAGGCCUCAAAAAACUGACUCCUACACUAAAAAAACAUUCAUACUUAGUGUUUUAAAGAAGUUCUCAGACUGCAUGGCAGAAGUGCAGGCUAAAGACAAUAUAUGCUGAGCGACGGCGGGGAGAGCCCAGUGUCCUGGGACAGCUGAGCCUGCAAUGUAGGACUUAACCCCAAAGAGACUGUGCCGUCGUAACUAGCCAUGUUAUUUAUAUGUUUUUGUUCUGUCCAUUGAAAUCUUAUUCUUCUACCCUGUAGGGACUGGAAUUUGCAGAUUAUAUUUAUUUAUUGGUAUUUAUGUACUGAGUUUGUUAACGCUCCAUGGAGGAGCCCUCAGAGUCUAUUUAAUAAAUUAUACCGACACGA